CUUGUGACCAUAUAUCCUCCACUAAAUACACACAUUUAUGUAUAAAAGGGCCCAAUAAACAUUUAAAAAGCCCAUCAAGAUAAAACGAAAACUUGGACAAGAUAUGAUGUCUCUAACUCUAAGCAGAAAAGAUAAGACGAAGCAACAAUGUCUGUGUCUGCUAUCUUUGGCACCGGAAUCGCCACCGUCGCUGCUUCUCCGGCUAUCCGCCAGUUUCAAAUUCCGAAAUUGGGCAACGGAGGAGGACUGGGAAUGGUGAUAGAGUGUUCGUCGAGGCCGCAGAAGAAAUCUACUGCGCACCACAGGAAGACGAGGCCGAAGAAGACGCAGCCUUGGGACAUUAAGAGAAAGCCCACAGUGUAUGCUCCUCUUCCUCCUCUCCCUCCGGAUUGGACUCCGCUCGCUUUUUCUUCCGACGACGGUGGUGCCACCGCCGUCGCUUCUCCCGCCGGAGAUUUGGCCUCAGGCGCCGCCGCAUAGUUGCGAGUUAUCUGCUGGUCUGGUUAUUAUUUUAGCUUGAGAGCUCUUGUUGGUGUUCUGUUUUCUGCUGUCUACCUUUAUUAAAGCUUCCUCUGUUUUUGGUUUUAAA